UUUCAAGCGAUGCACGAAAGCGGUUGUGUUUUCGAUUCAAGCAAAUAAACGGCUUUUUUUGUUCAGCAUUCGCAUCUUACACAUCGUACCGACAACAGUGUAUUUAAUAUUUUAUCGAUGAAUUCAAAUCUUGCGAUCGUGUACUUAACGACGUUCAUCAUAAAAUAGAGCGAAAUAUUUAAAUUGAAAUUUUACCGGUGGUUUUGAACAGUUUUCGUUUUAAAUGAUUGAAACCAAUUUUUAAGAUCAAAUAAAUGCAAUUUGUUUUCGGUUCGACGAUAAAUAUUUUCCGAAUGAAUGAAAGUGUUUGAAUAAAAUUUUAACGAUUCGAAAUGACAAUUAAAAUUUAGUGUUGGUGUUUUACUAUGAUUUUUCACGACCCCAUAAAUGUGUAUGCAUUUCGGGAGUGAUGAUCAAAAAUUUAAUUUAAAUAAAACAACAAAAUCCGACCUAAUUAUAUUUAACCCGCGUGAAGAAAAAUAAAUUGUAGUAAAAAAAAGAGUGUGUGUUAAAACGAAAUACCUUAAUUUAAAUUAAUUACAAUUAAAAUUUAGAGAAAGAGAGAUAAAAAUGCAACCAAUUAUAGCGAUCAACCUAUUUUUUGUAAUCCUUUAUGCGAGAGACACAGCAGCCAGUUGGGAAGAAUGGUGGACAUACGAUGGCAUUUCAGGACCAGCAUUUUGGGGUUUGAUCAAUCCACAAUGGAAUAUGUGCACAAAAGGACGACGCCAAUCACCGAUUGAUAUCGAACCAGACAAAUUGCUAUUUGAUCCGUAUCUUCGACCUCUUCACAUUGACAAACAUAAGGUUUCGGGUGUACUACAAAAUACAGGCCAAUCGCUCGUGUUUCGAAUUGAUAAAGAUACAAAACAGCAUGUUAACAUAUCCGGGGGUCCGUUGGCUUAUCGCUAUCAGUUUGAAGAAAUUUACAUUCACUAUGGCAUCGACAAUAGUCUAGGAUCCGAACAUAGAAUACAUGGCUAUCAUUUUCCAGGCGAGAUCCAAUUAUAUGGCUUCAAUAAGGAAUUGUACCAUAACAUGUCUGAAGCACAGCACAAAUCGCAGGGCAUAGUUGGCAUUUCGGUUAUGGUCCAAAUAGGCGAAACACCAAAUGCCGAACUUAGAAUAAUCACUAGUACAUUUAAUAAGGUUUUAUAUAGAGGAUCUUCCACACCGGUUAGACAUAUUUCGUUGCGUUCAUUGAUUCCGAACACUGAUGCGUACAUGACCUAUGAAGGAUCCACUACGCACCCCGGUUGCUGGGAGAGUACAGUUUGGAUUAUUUUGAACAAGCCGAUUUAUAUAACAAAGCAAGAGUUAUAUGCAUUGCGAAGGCUAAUGCAAGGAUCGGAGCAAACACCAAAGGCGCCGCUCGGUAAUAAUGCGAGACCAGUUCAAAAUCUGCAUCAUCGCACAGUGCGAACAAACAUCGAUUUCAAGCAAUCAAAGACACAAAACUGUCCAACAAUGUACAAAGAUAUGUUCUACAAAGCAAACAAAUGGACGGUCGACACACCGAUGACAAUGCGAAGUGGUCGCGAUCGAAAUAUGGCUGACAUAGAUGCUGUCUUUUCAUCCGUUUACAAAACCUAAAUCGAACAUAAUUUCUCCCCCUUUUACUCCACAAAUUCGAUCGAAAUUAUGAAAAACACAAAUAUUCUAGAGACUUUUUAAAACAAAAACCAUAGGAUAAAUAUAUAAAUGAAUUUAAUGCAAUGCAGAAGAGUUGGACGCCGAUACGAUAAUGAUAAUUGGAGCAGAUGAAAGAAAAAAAAAUGAUUCAUCAAAACAAUUCAACGAAGGUACUAAUGGAAUAGAAACAAAAAUGUACUAAUAAUAACAUUGAAUUAAGGAUGACUAAAACAUCGACCAAAUAGUGUUUGUGUCAUUUACCGCAAAUCGAAAAAUAUGCAAUAAAAGCAACCGGUUUGUUAUUAUAUACAUUUUUGUCCCUGCAACAGCUGAAAUUGAAUUAAAAAAAAAAACAUCAAUCAAAA